AUGUUCACCAAAAAGGCCAAUAUCGAUUUGAAAAAGUCGACCCAAAAAAUACAGGACAGCAAGAAAGAUUCGGCCGCCCGCUUGCGACACCUGAAAACCAUACUCGAACACGUGGACAGCGAUGAGGCGAAAAAUUUGUUCGAAGCAAACUACAGCCACGUCUACUACAUCCUCUACGAUACGUUCGUCCAGGCAGAGGCGAACCUGAAGCAACGUGAGCUUUCCUUUCACAUCGUUCACAAAACACACCGUGAGGAGCUGGACGGAUCAUUAUGGCUGCUGAGCAAAAUACUCUGCCUUCUACCAGAACUGGUGCAACGACGAUGGCAGUGUCAUUCGCUUGGUCGCAUUCUGGCGAAGUUGCUCCACUAUGGCAACAGCGUAAAGCUACGCCGUGAAGGUGUGAAGUAUUUUCUCCUCUGGUACCAAGCACUCGGUGAUAAUGCACCGCCCUUCGUCCACGGAAUGUUCACGGAACUCGUGCCGGGAUUAACAGUGCCACAACGUGGCAAAAACUCCCAUCCUGGUUCUGGUCCAUCCGACAGUGAAUUUAUAACGACGGAUCUGCUCAAUCACCCGAACUUAAAAGGUGAAUUGGGUGGAUCCGUGUUCCACGAUACCACUGCGACGCAUCCGGUAAAGUCACCCGAAAUUCAACCCCUCAUUCCGCCCAGCUCGAGCGAACGUACGGCGGCACCAGAUCCGCGGGAUGGGCUUGAAAUUUUGCUGGACUGCAUGGUGCAAUCCUGCGGAUGUCUCAAAUGGCGCGACAACAGUCCCCAGCGCCACAUCCGGACGUUCAACUUCCUGCUGACGAAAUUCCGUGAACAGUACCUGCCCGUGUUCUGUCCGUCGUUUGACUACAGUACGUCCGUCUACGAGCCGAAACUUGACCUGCCCGUCAUCCGGAACGUUUCAAAGAGAGAAGAGGUGAUGAGUUCGUGCGUGGUCGUGCUCAUAAUCUGGAUCGCAAAGUACACGCAUGAGCGGCACGUGAACAGCAAGCUAGAGCAGCUCCUCUCGAUCGAGGACGAACCAGGUGCCGCUGCUGGUGGCGGAUCGCUGGACCACGCCAGCUUGCUAUCCAACCUACGCCACAUGGGCUACACGCAGACGCAGCUCGUCCGGGACGUGCUGUACUCGAGUCGAGAGACGAUCAACUUUGUGCACGAGAUCUACCGGCAGGCAUUUCUCAUGGCGUUCACCUCCAAAUCACAGAUCGAGGCUAUGCGGAUCGCUAUCUCCGUUUAUCGCGAUUGGAUGAGCAGUAUUCCUCCGCCACCGUUCCUGCUAGAACCCGACCUGGAACCAGUACCGUUGGGAGCAGGAUCUCCCGGUGGUACGGUGGCCACCACCACCACCACAGACACAAUCGCCGCUCCGGUCACUGGGAGCAUACGACCCGGAAGCCAAAGACUUCGAACCGAUUCCUACCUCGGUGCGAUGAUGAUGACCAAGGAGAAUGGUUCGAUUCGUGCGGGGUUGCAGAACGUGCUGCAGGUAUUCGUGACAAACGCGGUGAACGUGUUUAUGGUCAAUACGGCCCACCUGAACCUGCACUUUCAGUCGAAAACGAACGCGGAUGGGUACGCAACCCCGUUGGAUGAACAGACGGACAUCUGUAAACGCGUGCUCAACAUCUAUCGCACGAUGGUCAUGAAAACGCGCAUGGAAGGCAAAACGUGGGAGCAGCUGCUGCUCGUCCUGCUGCAGGUGACCUCCGUCAUACUCCAGAAUUCGCCACCGAAUGCGAAGAAAAAUAAUCUCGGUGGGCGGUUGGCGCAGCCCAUCUUCCAGACGCUGAUCGUCACGUGGAUCCGAGCGCACACGAACGUCCCGGUCAACGCGGGAUUGUGGGACAAGUUCCUUAAGGUGCUUUCCUCGCUAACACACCGGGAAGAACUCAUCGUGGAAUGGGACAAAACGAUGCAAACAUUAACACGCGUCCUCGCCCGGCAGGUGUACAAUAUCAAUUUGUCCGAUCUGCCCCUGGAUCGGCUGGCCGAGCAGAAGGGAAAACGCAAGCGAGGCACACCAUCCAACUGGACGACGAGCGAAAGCGGUCGCUCUGGGGCGACUGGCAGAGAAGUCUCUGGUGGUGCACCGAACACAGCUGAUCGACACGGUGCGGGAUUGCAUGAUAUAACAUUUACCAAUGGUAGCAACGUUAGCGCAUCUGCUGGUCCGCAUGGCGUAACAACCGGUGGGAAUGCUCAACUUAAUGGUGCGAGUGGCCAGGGUAAAGCUGCUCUGGACGAUGACCGGUCAAAUAGUGGCGGUCCACAAGCGUUAACCGGCACGACGACGUCGGGAGGGUUAAGAAUCACUAGCAACCGCAGCAUCCCUGGAACACCGUCGCUCAACAGAAGCUACAGUGAAGGAAGCCUCAUCUCAGCGACGUUCCGGAAGUCACGCACUCGCCGCCGUUUGCGCAAUGCCGGGCUAGGUUUGAUAAUGGGAAACAACACGCGUGAACAGAGGGCAACGGCGGAACCGCAACACCUUCCCGCCGAUCACUCCUUUUCCCGGCUACUUUCCAACACGUCAACAUUCCUGAGUAUUAGCAGUGAGAAUCUUGAGAUGGCUUCAUUUUCCGAGUGUACCGAGGUUCCGAUCGACAGCGAGGUGCAAGGAACCGCCGGUGGUAUCAUUCGGCGGGCAUUGUCGCUAGAUUCCGUUCGACCUCCCGGUGAUGCCGGAAAAAAGGACCAUCUAGACGGGGAUGGCUACCAUGAGCAUCAUCGAGCUGGAGCGAGCUGUGAAGGUGGUGGAUCACGCAGUCCUUCACCGACGGCGUCGAGUGGCAUCGAGAGCGGCUCGAUCAAGGAUUCACCAAUGCAGAUAGCGGACGCAUUGACAGCGGAUAGUUCCAGCAUCGACACGCAAGAUGAUCCACAAUCGUUUGGAGGGUCCACCUCGUCAAUGGGUGGUAUGACCGCGGAUCGCCGAUCGAUUCUUGCAGGUGGCACAGCCCGCGGAUGGCUGCCGGAUGUAGCAGCCGUAAUGUGGCGUCGGAUGCUGGGAGCGCUCGGGGACGUGAACAAAAUUCUCAACCCGAAACUGCACGCGCAGGUCUACCAGUACCUGGUUAGCAUGACGGAGAGUCUGAUAAAGAUUCGGAUGAACCAGGGCAUCGCCCUUGAUGGAGGUGGACAUACUGCGACGCCAACAGCGGGUACAAACGGUACGAAUCUGGUGCCUCCCAUCGCGUUGGUGGCUCCGUGGUGUUAUGGCGCUCUUGCCCUCGAUGCUCAAUACGCCCAAGGCAAACUGUACGCCAUGCAACUACUGUGCACGAUCGUGCAAAGUGGUGCUAGCCUCGGAAACAAUCAGCUGCCACUGUUCUAUCAUGCCCUACAUCAAGCCCUUACGGGUGAAGACCGCGCAAUGGCUUACACCGCUUUGCGCUAUCUCGGUGGGCCACGGUUCCUGAGUUUGCUGCUUCCCGGUCAUACUCUGCUGUUGCUCGACUUGGUACACGCCUCGACCGUCGUGCUGACUUCCUCUGAAACGGGUUCUCACGCUCCCCGGGCACAGGUGGCUGGGUUGCUUGGAUCACUUCUCUGCUUUCCGCGCACAUCUUUACCGGGACCGGUUUUGCAGCCCUCCGAGCCACAUAUCGAUCUGAUGGAAUGUCCCGAUUUGCAGGAACACGUGCUGAAUGUAGUGCUGCGUUGUGCCCGUCGCGAACCGACCGCUAAAGCACGCUGUAUUGCGAUCGCCUCACUCGGCCAGUGGAUUCUACAGAAUCUUACCAAUCCCAACCCACAACAGCAGCAACAUCAGAGCACCGACGGAGAGGGUCCGUUUAAGCAAAAAGUUCCACAUCAUUCCAGCGAACAGCCCCAUCACGGUGGUAACCGAUCGGGCUGGGAGCAGUUGCCGGCUUAUGCCGUGAAUCCACGCAUACGGGAGGCUUUCCAGGUUAUUUUACAGGCGCUUCAGUUCAAGCAUCACACCAUCGCCCGGCUGGCUUCGGAAACGCUGAAACUUUGCGCCGAGCAGGGAGCCAGGAUCGAGCAAAUCGAACGCCUUCCUCAGCUGAUUAUCGACACGGUGUGUCUCUCGUUGGACAUCCACAACGUGCCACACCCGAAGGAAUCGGACAAGACCGUCCUAACGUCGCUCCUGCUUACACUGGGGGAGCUGUGCAUGUCUUUCUCCGUGCGCACGCUGCAGCAACCGAAACAUCAUGACUCAGCGGAAUCUCUUAUACUGGUUGUCUUUCGGAUUCUGUUCAAAAUCGCCACCGGAAUGCAGAAUGGAGAGCGCAUCAAGCUGUUCACCACCGACGAAGACUUUGACUCGUGUAUCACGGUGGACGACGUGCGGGAGAGCAGCAACGGUGGAAUCGGUGAAGCCGGCGCAUACCAGACCUCGGAAUCGAUUGCCAACUGUCAGUCGGCGAUCCGGCUGUGCGCAAAAACGGUCGCAAUGCAUCUCAUCACCAAUCUCGGACACUUCCCGAUGGGUAUCGGUGCAACGCGGCUCAGCUCGCUGGUGGAUGAGCAGGACGAUUUGAUGGCAACGGUUCCAACGGUUCCAACACCUGCUACGACCGGUUCUACCACAGGUGGAACGCUACAACGAGAGAACUCCAUCGCGGGUGGUCGAGUCGACGCGAUGGAACACGUGCUGGCUUCUCCAAACGUGCAGCUGCUUAUGCUUGGUCCCGAGCUGGUCGCAAGCUUCAUUGAACUGCCGGCUUUGAAGCUACCAGGCGGCGGUGUAACGGCGGGAUUGCUGACGGCAAGCCGACAGGUUCGUUUGCUGCUUCGUGAUUUAAACGGUAAAGCGUGCUGGGACGCGUCGAUACUGUACCAGGAACCGUCAGGUGCGAACGGACCACCUUCGCCUCCAGCGGCCGAGCUCGAACGAAACACAACAUUCCAAAAUGCCGCACCAGUUUCGCGACACUACGCAUAUUCCACCGUACCUGCGGCCGGUCAAUUGCCCGGUGGCACCGUGCCGGCAAGACAUUUUGCCAGCGGAAGUGCCUCGAUCGAUCCAUUGAUGUCUACCGCCAUUGGCCUUCCGGUGACGCAUGGUCCACGACAUACGUUACGGCACCGGCCGGUGCAUCAGCUGCCAGUUGCGAAGGAUUUAGCACCUGAUUUGGACCAAUUGGACGAUCUUCUGCAAUACAUCGGUUAUACCAGCCCGGAGUGUUUGGACAGUUCGGAAGUGCCGCUCAACACGGCUGGUCCAAGUCCUCUUGGUGCCGCUUUGGAAGGGCAAACCAUUUCCAUCAUACUGAACCAGCGUACUAUCGAGGCCGAGGCAGUGGCUCGUCAAAAUGCGUCAACGGCGGGACAACCUUGCGUGGAGCGGUCGUCAUCGAGUGGAAACACCUCGUUCCCAACCAUCGUCAACAGCAGCGGUUACGGUAGCUACUCGACUGGCCUAUCGUAUUCGGAUGAAUCUGGCACGAGUACCAUCACUCGAGCAGCAACCGCUUUGCGACAGCAACAGCAGCAACAGCUUGAACGGAACGACGCGGCUAUGAAACCAUUCCAGCUCGGACGCAUCCUGUUUAACCAGCUUGGACUCGCAGGAUGGGAGCGUCGGAAGCGGACGCACCUGUUGCAGCGCACAGAUAAAUUGCUGCGCGAACUGCGCAAUCUUGACAACCAAAAAUGCCGCGAAACGCACAAGAUGGCUGUGAUCUAUGUUGCCAAUGGGCAAGAAGAUAAGGGCAGCAUUUUGCGCAAUGCGUGUGGCAGCAGUACUUAUGAGAUGUUCGUAUCCGCACUCGGGUGGGAGGUGGAACUGGAAUCACAUAUAGGAUUCCUGGGGGGUCUUCCGCGGCAGGGCUGCGGCCAGACGGCACCCUACUACGCGACCCCGUUCCUUGAGGUCAUUUAUCACGUAUCAACCCGCAUGCCAUCCGACACACCGGAGGCAAUAUUGAACAAAACGCGCCACCUGGGCAACGACGAGGUGCACAUCGUCUGGAGCGAACACAACCGCGACUACCGACGGGACAUUCUGCCGACCGAGUUUUGUGACGUCCUGAUCGUUAUCUAUCCGCUGAAGAGCGGCUUGUUCCGGGUGACAGUGAAUAAAAAACCAGAUGUACCGUGGUUCGGCCCACUGUCGGACGAGAUGGUUGUGGGAGGUGCCUGUCUGGCCAGCCUGGUGCGCGCUUCGGCGAUAAAUGCAAGCAGAGCUAAGCGAAGCUCGUUGUCGCUGUACCAGCAGUAUUAUGAAGAGCGAAACCGAUCCAUCGAUACCGUCGCGUUGCGUCAUAGGGAAAACAGCACGUUUGAGGAAUUUACUGCUCGAAUUUUUAGUCCGAUCGCGCCCCAAAGCACCAAACCAGGUGCUGGUGGACCGGGAGGACUUGGUGGCACAUCGAUCGCGGCUGGUACGAAUGCUCCGGCACCACUGGCGGCAGCUUUAAUCGAUCAUCACAGUCGAGUCCCAUCGAAAACAUGGAUACACCAUCCGGAAAUGGUAGCCACGGCCCGUGAGGUGACACAGCAAACGCUUGCCUCCGUGUCGCUAGAUCAACCGUCCCCGAGGCCCCUACGUAAGUUGCACCACCCGUUCAAAGCAGCACCGAAGGGCAAACCCGGUCAACACGCCCCUGCCAGCAGCGGUCAGGCGUCUACUGCGGUGGCCUACGGAGCAGGAGCAAACACGGGUAUGAACGUACCCGGCGUCGGUGGUGGCACGCCACCGGAAAGUCCCACUCUGCCUGGGCGGAGGCUGAAAUGA